GAUUCGCUCUUUUCCAGUAAUCCCAUCCCACUCUGGAAUCACAUUGGGAAUGGUCUACUAUCGAAAACAGGGGCAGGUUUCUUUCUAAACUGGUUUAUUGGAUAUUAUACUGGCGAAAUCACGAAGAAGGACACCUUCUUACACCAGAGGUAACGAAUUGAAUUGUUUUGGUGUUUAUUUCUGUCUCAGUCAAACGUUUACCUUCAGUACGUAGUAGGUCGCCGCUGUAGCUAGCAGUGUUUUUCCAAACGUCAGUGGCCUGAAUGCGUGUGUUUGGGGGUGCUGCCUGCUAAGUGUAAGAAAUGACGUUUAAACUCAGCAUUUCACAUUUACAAGUACCAUGUCUCCCAUGGCAAAAAAUUGCUACACAUAACAGCGACAUUUAUCCAGGGUAAUUUGUUUUACGUAGCGUCCGUUUAUUUGAUAAAACGGUUCACAUCAUGCUGCCCAGUUGCUAAUGCUAAUGAUGCAUUUGGGACAUCAGCAAUAUUGAACACACGUUUUUUCAGGAGGUAGAGGACAGGAGUGAGAAUAAAGACCAAAGGUUAAACUUUUCGUGCUGUUCUGUGAGCAGACACAAUCUUCUCUAAACUUCAUACUGAUGGGACCACUGAGGCAAGUAUAUGAUGUGAAGUGUAUUUCGCAAUUAUGGUUGUUUUGUUAAAUGUUGGAAGUCAAAUCAGCCCAUUUUAGAUGUCUGAAUAGUUCUGCUAUCUACCAUUUAGACGUAGAAGUUUUUGUUUUUGUUUUUUUUUGUUGUUGUUUUUUUGCUUCACUUCCCCCCAAAAUAUUCAUGUCCAUGUAGAUUUUUAUUUCAGCUACCCAACAACUGUGCGUUUAGAGGAGAGGUCGCAGAUUUGUCCACCAAAGUAUCAUCAAAUAUUCAUGUUAACAGAAAAUUGGAUCGGGAUUCUGUCUUAUAUUUUCAUAAUUUGUUUUAUUGAAGCACAUACCCUAUUCAGCAGUGAAUUUCUUUUGAAAAUGCUUGUUAAUACAUUUUUAAAUAUAUCAUGAAUUUACCUUCAGAAAUAUAAAACGGUCUGUGUAUUAUCCAUCCAUUCAAUUAUUCCAUUCAAUGUUGAAAACGAAAAUAGAAAAAACGAGUCAAUGUUUUAUUUGUUUUUCUAUAUAACCAAAAGAUUAAGGAUUAGUGUUUGUUUUCUUAUUUUCAGUUCCAAACAGAAUGUAUAAUAGAGAUGGAAACAAAAACAAAAUAAUUAAUCUACUUUUCAUUUUCUGGUUAUUGAUGUCCCCAUUUCCAACAGUACCUUUCUACUGUUGGCUACAACAAAGUAGCCAACAACGUGGACCAAAGUCUGUUUCCGAAAUGAAUCACUCAAUCCCUAAUCCCUAACCCCCAUAUGGGGUUUCACUAUAUAGUUGAUUAUGUAAUGAACUCAAUCACCGGAGAUUUCGGACACUACAUGGCAAGACGCAAUGCAUGACAGGAUGCCCACCACUGGUGAGUGACCAUCGGAUGGUCACUACAUUUGGCAAUGCUUUAUGGGAAAUUUUGAGUCGCCUAUUUAGGGCACUGGAAUCGAACACCCCUCAAAAUGGUGCUAACCCCCAUAUAGUCACCUAUGUAGGGGUUAGGGAUCCAUUUCGAACACAGCCAUAGUAAGAUUUUGGUGCUGGAACCGCUCUAUCACAUCUUUCGCCAUGGUAACUGUUGCUGAGGAUUAUGGAAAGGCCAAUGUAGCCUCCAUGCACAUAUGCUCAAAACAGGCGCAUUCAAAAUCAAUAAUUGUAAAUAAGAUUUAUUAUUUCGUUUUCGUUUCCUUCUCUAUUAUCUAUUCUAUUUCUAUUUUUUACACUAUUUUUUUUUAUUUUUUGGUUUUACAGAAAAACAAAUAAACGAAAUGUUGACUAGUUUUUUCGUUUUUCGUUUACUAGAUUGAAUGGAAUAAUUGAAUGGACAGAUAAUACAUGGACCUGACGCUCCAAAAAGAGGGAGAAUACAGAAAAGGCAUUAGGAGGAGGAGGUUUUGGUGGAUUAAUAAUUAUUCCUUUAGAGGUGUUGCAGUGGCAUUAUCUGCACCUGCAGGGGGACAAGUGAAACCAAAUAUUUUACAUGUAUUUGCAUGGAUUUCCAUCAGAUAAAUAACAGCCUUGAUGUUAUCAUCUUCCCCUGAAUUGAAAAACAGGUGAUGCUACAUAUAGCCUCUUGUAUGUUUUCCAGUUACCACUUAGUUAGAUGCAUUGUGCUGAAAGUCUUCAGACUAGGUUGUCACUAAGACUCACACUUAGUGAUUAAUUGUCUUUAGUCAGUCAUUUAAAAACAAACAUCUCUGAGCAACAGGUCUAAUUUCCAAGCCAGUGUUUUACUCACUUCCCGGUGCUUCCAAAAUUACCAUUUACAUUCAUGAAAGGGUACGGGGAAAGAGCCAGGAAGGAAACCAUGCUUGGUUGAGGUCCAAGAGCGACACACACACUCAUAGAACUGAAUGUCCCUUCUCCUCAGAGGUCAGGGCACCAACAUUUCACACACUUGCUCUGUUUUUCACUUUUUCUCUGGCCAACAUCCGGUCUUCUUCUGGUCCCAUUGAAAGGUCAAACAUAAUUAGCAGCAAACUCGGCUCAUGUUUCAGAAUGCCACCACGCUCAUUUAGUAUAGCAGAGGCACUGUGUGCUUAUUUCUUUGGCCCUGUGGUCACCUUAUGACAGCAUAAUGACAGCCUAGCGGAGCGGAGGCCGUGGACAGACAAGUUUUUCCUGGGUUUGGCCUCGGCUUCCAUCCCACACACUUUGAGUAAAGAAAAUACCAGCUGAGGUUCUGAUCUUUGUUUGAAAACGUGGUUGUGAUAGUAAGAUGCUCUAAGGCUGUUGGCUGGGUGUCAUGUAGUUUGGAGUUAUUUUGGCUUUGGCUCCAUUCCAUUUUUAUUUUCAUCCUGGUUUUGGAUCUGAUGGGAAUAAAAACCCUCUUUAUACUUGAGAGUUUCCUGCACACUGAAACUCUGCUUGAAAGUUUUGGUAGAUGAAAAGGAGGAUUGACAGAGAAGAGGGGUUUUGUUUGUCAUCAUUGUUACACCUCUUAUCAGCUUGAGAUACCAGUCCUCCCUGGCAACAUCUUGGCAGAAAGAACUAUGAGCAUGUUUUCUUUGGCUCUGUUAACUGCGGCUGAUUGGAAACUCACCGUUACGUGAAAUGCCCCCACCAGUGUGCAGGAAUUUGUGUAUUCCUGUAACUGUUUUCUAAUUUGCACAUCUUCUGGAUCCAUACUCUACAAACACAGCCAUGUUACAUAUUGACCAAUCUUGGUCCUCUAUUUGAGCACCGGUUCAUAUUUAGCUACCUAGACGGGGACAAAUAAGGCUCUUGAGUACAUUUGGAUUCGAGGAAGGGAUCAUAUCUGAGGUGGUUUGCCCUUCCCCGUAUAUUUUGUGUGUGAGAUAUACCUGGAUGUUUUCUAUGGCUUACUGGUACUCUAGAGAGAUGUCAUGCACAGCUAAGUAUUCAAACAGAACAGUAGCAAAGUCCAGAGUUGGGGGAGAAGGCAAACAUAUCAGGACAAGGGAAGAACUCCUCAAAUAGGACAACUGCAGGCAUAUAGAUGAGGUUUUUGUUUGGUUUUGAAGUAGCAGUGGAUUUCUCUGUUUGUGGUCAUAUUUAUUACUGCUACAAGGACAAGGAACACAGCCCAGCAGAGAGGUAUUGAUUUGUGUGUUGGUGUGCAUUUGUGGCUAUCAGUUUCAUGGUUGGACUUCCCAGAAUCUGCAGCUUUUUUAAUGCACUCUGUUUUUUUUUCUGCUUUUUGUCAGGGUUCAGAUAGCUGUAGAUAUACUUAGAGGUUGCAAAAUAUUUCAGCCUGGUGCAGAAGCUGGAAAAACGGUCCGUCUCCAGGGUUAGUUAAACAUAUAACAGCUGUCUACAUGUGGGGAAGCUCUUGUCCAAAACCUUUUUUUUUCUUUUUUGUGGGUGGAAGCACAGAAGUGUGUGAAACAGACUCCAAACAGCUGUAUUUAUGUUGAGCCAUACCUCAGAAUUUCAUCUUGAGGUGUCAGCCUGGAACACGUUUGAUUCCUCCCACGUUUUGCUUCACCAGUGUUUAUAGUUAACCGUUAACCAAGUCGAACUAAAUCACGUUUAUGAUUGUUUUGUGCUUUGGUCAGUCAAAAAGUCUUGCUGAGUGAAGAGGCAGUGGGGAUCUGAUUGCAAAACUUAUCAUAAAAUGCAGUCAACAGACUGUUGGAUGGAUGUGACUGUAACAUCUGUCUGUUUCUGAAAAGAAGCUCUAUUUAAAAACCAUAAGGGAAACCACUUUGGGAGCCAGCUGCAAAUUUAUACCCACAAUCUGAAAUUCCUGUCAUGCUUCUGCUCGGGCUGCAAAGUCUUCUCACGGGCAGAAUAUGUCUCAAUGAUAAACUCGACUUCAACAGUGAAGUCAACUUGCCAUUAUUUAGAUGUUGCUUCUCUAUUUAAAAGUGUUCAUUGCAUUUUCUUUGUUUACUAGUUGACUUUUUUUGAUACUAUCAGAAAUCUUUAUUUGCACUAUUUCUGUAAUCCUCUUGUUUCUCUUUUGGAUUGUAUCCCUGUUGUGCUCUUGUCUUUCUCCAGCAUCGAGAUAAAAGUGAAACUAAAAAGGUUGGAAUGAACUGUUGAGCAGGAGGGAGAAAACGCGCUCCUGCCCUCCUUUCCCAUAAAUUCGGUCCUCCCUUCUCUGGAAUUAGGUAGUGUUUAUUUGCGUAGCCUCGUGCGUCUCCAUUGGCUGGAAGUCAUUGACACCUUGAAUAGCGUGUUUUUGCUCACUGAGAGAAAAACAACAGUAUUUCAUCCACAAAGAAGACUGUGAACUGCCUGUCAGGGUUUAGGAGCAGAUGUGGUUUAUUCCUGUCUUGUUUUUUUUAGCGUGUUUUAAUAUGAAUAGGGGGCUGUUGGCAAAAAUAGAAUAUCCAUCCAUGCAGAUACUGAAGAGUUAUGAAGUAGAUGCAGAUAAGAUGUCUGAAUCAUUCUUUUCCUGAGCUAUGCAACAGUUAAAUCACCGUAAAUCAAAUGCAGUGACCUGCUUAGAAUUUAUUGGGGUCACGCUAUCAGACUGUCAGCUUCAGGUCAUGAUUGGAUUUGUCAGUUCUUAGAAACGGUCUCUGAGAGUGCGCAUGUGUUCCUCUGUGUAUUUGCACUCAGGUCAUUCUGUUGCAAUCGUAGGCUUGGUUUUAUUUGAGAGCAUUGUUUUCUCUUGCUACCAGUAUUUUCAAAGCCUGUUCCAACAGGCCUGAAGGGAAACCAGACAAACUGUACUGCAGUAUGUUGGUGACAGUCGAGCACAAAAACAACAGAGAUGCAAACAAGAAUACACAAGUUCAACGAGGCCGAUGCUCUCGACAAAAUGAUUGUGAAAUCUUCUUUGUGCUUUAAUCAGGCAUGUUGACUUUGUCCCUCUGUUUUUAGAUAGAAUAACAAUCUCAUUAUAAACAGACAGAGCCUUCACCUUGAGACGUUCCCCUCCUACAUGUUUUUGCAGAUAACUUGAUUACUAUUCAGUAUGCCCAUCUGAAGCACCGUGUGUCAUGUCUGCUGCAUUUGUAUCACUGUUAUCAACUUACUCAUGCGGCAUUUGGUUUUGUCUCAGGUCUAUGCAAGCACGCUACUGCAUCUUGAGCUUACUCGCUACUUGCUCUUUAUUAUUUUCUGUAAGCAUUUUUUAAUUCAAAUAUCAGAAAGUAAUUUUAUUUUUCUGUCUCAGUCUCUUGAGUUGAAGAGUUGGAAAAAAAAAAAAAAAACUUGUUUUGUCAGAUUGAUAGUCUUGGUUUUUAGGUCUUUGUCUCACCAGGAAUUGAGCAGCGUCAGUACUUCUCAGUUAAAAAGCUGAAACCAAUUAAUGUUUGGCACUUUGGCUGGAAAAAAUGACUUCAGGGAUUAUUCAUUUUCAGAAAAGUUGAAGAUUAUUUUCUGUCAGUUUGUCUCUUUUGAAGUAAUUUUGUUCACUGAAGCGUUUGAGCUCUAGCCAGCAGUACUGUGACCUGGCACUUGUUUGUUCUUUCUCAUUGGUACAUUAAACAUUGUAGGGGUACAAAAUGUAAAAAUCCAUAAGGUGGCAGGGGCCAGCCUGCUGCAGAGAACACUGAAGCAUUGUAACUGUGGUUAAAGGUAAGUUGACAGAGGAAGUUAAUACACUGUGACCGCCUGUUCGGAGGAAUCAGGCUGUGUUGAUGGAUGAAUAUUUCCAUGGAAGAAAGUUCAAUAUCACACUAAUCUUUACCAUCUUUGGCUGUGUCUUCAGUGCUUCACGCUGCCUUUCAGUAGGUGUGUUUGUGUCUUGCAGUGCAAGUCUAAGGUAUUACGUUUAUGAAGUGUUAACCUUUAAUAAGAUUUCCUUGUGAAAGGUGCUUUUUGUUUUCUUUGUGUAGCUUUUUUUUUGCAGCGCUGUGCUUACUUUUUAUCCUGUGUGCUCAAUAAUUUUGUGAUAAAUACUUCAAUUUAAUUAUCAGCUUUCAAGGAAGCGUCAUUGACACAUCAGAGAUGAUCAAUCCAAACUCUGUUUUAGAAACAACCAUUUUAAAAGUGUUUUUUUUUUUUUUUUUUUGUCCUUCUUGAGGAUAAACCUAAAAACAUUAAUUUUAUUCACUCCUCCAAAAUCUUCAUCAUGAUGAUGUUGUUUUUUUAACCUUUGGACCCUUAAAUGUUAGUCAAUCAUGAUAGAUUUUUGUUGUUGUUUUGUGGGGUUUGUGAUGGUACGUAAAACUUGGGGUCUACUGUGUAACUGAGACCUAACCAGUAGGUAUGGAAGAAAAAAUGAUAUGAUAAUGGAACAGUAAAAUCAACUGUUUGUCCAGUGAGGUUGGUAGAAGUGACAUCAUACAGCAGGAGAAAGUUGGUAAAACAAAUAUUUACAAGGUUUGUAAGAUGUGCUACAUGAAAAUAAAAUACAGCAUAAAUAAGAAAGACAGGCCUAAUGCUAAUUAGCAAAACAGCUGAAACAAUUGUAUAAAUCGCACUAUAUUGUACCGCAAUACUCACUGUAUAGCAAAGUGUUAAAAAUCGCACUAAUAUCGUAUCGUGGCCCAAGUAUCGUGAUCAUAUCCUGAGGGAUGUGAUGGACCAAGAAAUGACAGCGUUCAUGUUCCAGAUGUAAAUGCUUCAGAGGUCUAUCCUGCCUCUUAUCAUCAGACGGUGACAGACGAUGGUUGCUGGUGUUUUCCAAGAUUGCAAAAGGCAGAGUAUGGAGACAUAGUCUAAAUCGGUCUGUGGCUGCUAUGCCUUUGGAAUUUUAUCACCGGUUACCUGAAACAAACAGGGGAACAAUUAGAGGAAGACGGCAGGAGGGGAGACACAUUCAUGUAGGUUCCUGUGAUGCCAUACAUACAGUCUAUGCUGCCUUCACUGAACAGCUUUCCUCUGAUAACAUGAUUCAGUGAUGAAUGUCUAUAUUUACACAGGAAAUCUCAUCAUGAGAGGAUUAUAUAAAAGGGUGGCGCUUUUUUCCACACAGUGUUAAUCAGCAGGUUUGGUGUGAAGCAACCUUUGUAAUCCCGUCAGGUUAAAAAAAGAGAUCCACUGUAUUUCAUUGACGACUGUGGCGAAAGACACACAACCUGCCUCGUCAACCCGAUAAUCUUCUUUCAUAGUACACCCCUCUGGUAAAACUGGUUUAUUCGUAAAGUACCUAAUGAAAUCAGGGACCGUUCCAAGCCUCUUACAUAAGAUAGACCCACAGCUGUAUUUGUCUCCAGCUUAACUGUCUGUCUGCUCAUAUCUGUCUGGGUUUUUUAGUAAUACUACUACAAAGAAGCACAGAUAAACAGCAAAAUGUAGACCAUUCAAAAAACUACACAAGUGUUAGAUUUAACAGUAUUCUUGUGUGUUUUGACCUUUAGUCUAAAAGCAGCUGUCCAACAGAUGUUUUAUUAAUGCCUAAUAUGGAUUUUCCUGGCUACUGCAUCCCUAGCUUUGGCAUGCACUCCUUCAACAGACACAGCUCAGCUGGCAGGGAAUCAUCGCAGGAAUGAAAAACAGCCCAACCUUGCAGCACCUCUUCAGAUCCCAGCAGUGACCAAAGCAAACUCUGCAAAUCUCAUUUUGGACAUCUUAUAAAGAUUUGAUAACAAAUGCAGGGACAAGAGGCAUUUAAAAGAAAUACAGUGCAAGCCAGUAUAUUUCUUUGAUUGUUUCUUUGUUGGCAUGUCUUUGACCUAACACUUUCACAAAAGCACAACACAACCCUUAUUGUUUCAAACAGGAUUGUGAGUCUGAAAGCGAUUAAAUCCUUCCUUCAUCACUGGGAAUUCUUUGCAGCUUAGGAGAGUUGACCUUCUUUUCUGUUCGAUUUGUAACUGAAUUAAUCGUCGCCCUCUGCUCUAUUGAUUUUGAAAUAUACCAUUUUCUUCCCAUAGGGCACCCUCUGUCUUGCCUCACAGGAUGUUCAGCAUGGUUUUACUUUAGUGGAGAGGAAUACCACAGAAGAAUCUGCAAACAGGGACUGAGCCAGUUGAUCACCAUGCCUCACCCAAGUGGCUGUCCAAGCUUUAAGUCUAACUUUAACCCCGUCUGGCUGGUAUGUGUUCUACUGAGCCUCUCAGUGGUACACUCUCAUGCAAAAGAUGGUAAGAACCAGUCCACAUUAUCUCUCAAUUAUCUGAUUUAAACCUACAUUCAUUAUUUUGAUUAAAAAUUGUCGACAAAAAUCCUGAAAUUGUUUCCAUUCUAUUUUCAGUACUUACUGUACCACAGCAGGUGAGCCUGUCACCCAACCUCAACACACAACAACUAUCCAUUUCCUGGGUGGGAGGAGCCGCCACAACUUUUGACCUCAUUAUCCUGCGAACUGAACUCAAUGAAACUGCCUUCUAUGUGAGAACAUUUUGUGCUUUUUGUACAGUUGUAUUACAAAUUGUAGAUAUUGUCACACAAAAGUAGCCUUGAUAAUAAUCCUGUCUCCUGCUUGAGCUAUCACUGUCAUCCUGGACUAGCAGUCACCUUCAUUUUACCUGGUUCAUCCCUCUCUGUGUUGUCUGUAGGACACCGUGUCUGUGACAGCGGAUCAGGUGAAUGGGCGACACCAGUGGAACUGGACCGCUGUAGAACCUCUUGAGUGUACCUCGCUGUCGGUCCAAAUCCGCUCAAGAGAUGGACAGGCAAUAAGUGAAUGGAGCAACACUCAGAUACUACAAGGUCAGAGGAGAAUUGAUUUUUCCCAUUUACUGAAUUCACAAAUAACAAGAGGAAAAAAUGAUAAUGCGUGUCAUGACCUAAGUAAUUUGGGAUGCUCAUAAUUCAUUGAUUCACUUAGAUGGAACAGAAAGCCAGUUUUAACUCGGAUUAGUCUGUCUUUGCUCAAAUGUAAAAGCAGACAAAUGGCUUUCCUCUAUGACUAUUUAUAAUUCUCUAUUAAUAUCUCCCUCUGUCCUUCUGUCUGUCAGUUAAAUAUUUUAAAGACUCUGCUUUGUUCUGCCUUUCUCUCUGCUUCAUCACAGGAAACGAUAUCCCCAGCAGGGGGACAUUUCAGAUGUACCCCCAGGACAAAAUUGUACCAGUGGGGUCGAACACCACCUUCUGUUGCGUUGUGGGGGAGGGGAAGGUUUUUGAUUACAUCCACUAUGGCACCUCGCUUAUGCAAGUAACACGGCUGAGCAGGCGUACUUAUGCCACCACGGUGGUUAAUCAGGGAGCGUCUGACAGUACUGGAACAAACGUCUUCUGCAGGGACAAAGAGAAGUCGAAGCUGACAGGAGCAGUGGUGUUUGUUGGAUGUAAGAUGAAUUACCUGAUGCAUAAGAGCUGAAGCAUGAAUGUAUGUGUUUUCAUGAUGGGUGAAAGUGGUUGAUGUUUGUAAAAGUGUAACUCAUUAACUGUAUGUGUCACUAUUUGAACAUAUUCUUAAGUUUGUACUUGUUUUCUUCUCUUAGAUACACCACUGCCCACUGAUUUUGUUUGUGAGACUCGGGACUUAACCUCAGCUGUGUGCAGGUGGAAUGUAGGUCGAGACACACAUUUGUACGGCAGAAGAAAUACUCGCUACUCGCUGAACAAAAGGUACUCCAGUCACACCAGCAUAAACAAAUCACAGUUUAAAAUAGAUACACUUUGCCAGCGCUCUCUCAUGUACUGUCCUGUAAACAGAAUGGCUGUAACCUGAACUGAAACAUGGCACUUUGGUGCACACUCACUCACAUAGGAGAGGAUACAGACCUGAAAAUACUUACAGUACAGCACAAAGUCAGUGCUGUAAAACAGAAAAGUGCACAGACACUAGGGGUGGAAGAAAAAAUCGAUACAGCAUAGUAUCGCAAUAUUUUGUCUGGUGAUUUAUUGUAUCGUCUCAUUUACCAAGUAUCGAUUUUUCAAAUUGAUUGCUAAUAUGAAGUCAAAUCUAUGAUAAUGGGAAAAUAAAAUCAAUUGUUUGUCCGGUGAGGUUGGCAGAGGUGACGUCAUAGAGCAGGAGAAAGUGAGUGCAACAAAUAAAUAAGACAAACGUAAAGAAAAGGCAAAUGCUAAAUUACAUUGUAUCGCAACACUCACUGUAUUGCAUAUUUAAAAAAAUUGCAAUAAUAUCGUAUCGUGGCCCAAGUAUCGUGAUAAUGUCGUAUCACGGGGCCACUGGUGAUUCCCACCCCUAACAGACACUCUGGGUAGACUCUUUAAAAUGGUUUGGGACAGAGGCGGCAAUGACAGGAGAUCAGGAAUAUGCCAGGAUGUGGUGUUGUGUCACUUUGCUGGUUGUUUUGUUCAAAAUAUUCCUGCAUCAUUUAUGAUCGCUCACCCUGCCUUUCUCUAAAAUAUGCUGUCUGCCAGAAAAAAAAAAAUCAACCCAGCAAAACAGAGGCUGACAAGAGCACUUAGUCUAAGUAACCACUUGCUGCUUCAGUGUGUGUGUCCAUUUAACACUGAUAGUGCACUGGCUGCCUGCCAGACCUUUUACAGGAAUUGUCUGAAAGAUGGCCAGAAGUGAAGUUACAUUAGGGACAUAUGAAGACUUUAGUCUGUAUCUGUAGGUUACAAUGAGCAUCGGGAAUGAUAAUACUUAAUUUGGAUUUAAUUAGAUUUCAACACACUUAGCGACUGUUCAUGCUUCAGCUGCUGAUGUUCUGUUUGUAGGGACUGUACUGGAGGCAGCCCACUGCAAAAGCAGAAAGAGUGCAGCGUGGACAACUGGGAGGAUAACUGGACACUGUUGGCUGUUAAUCCUCUGGGCCAGUACAGCCUCUCUGACUCUGCUGAACUCCUUCAUAGAGGUAGGCAACAGUAAACCGUAUCAGAGUUGAUGGACGUGUACAUAGUAGAAAAUAUAUCACAUAAACUCAACUUCAUUUUUCAAGACAUAUACAUAGAUGAAAAACGAUUGCUUACUUUAUCUCUCCAGAUUACCAAUUGUUGUUUCACCUUUUUUCCUCAGUGUUUCCGGUGGCACCAGCUAAUGUGACCACAGCUGUCAGAGCCUGGAAUGCAACUGUGCAAUGGCAAUGGAAGUACGAAGGCUACUCCUCCCUGGCUCUUGCCUGCCAGGUAGAGCUGACCUCUCAAGGGGUCAAAACAAAGGUAAGCUGUCUCUGUAUGUCAGUCUGCUCUUUCCCCAUUAACACAGCCUUGGUCUGUUUCACAUGGUGUCUGUUUUGUGUGUAAGUCAGAGAGACAUGAUCAGUUUCAUAGCCCCACCACAUUUUUAUAACAACAUACCAAUGGAAAACCACACUACUUUCAACAAGUGAAAACUUAUGUCUGCAUGUCCCCUCUAUGUGUGGUACUGGCUAUUGAUGAAACAAGUAGUGAUGAAGUCUGAUAUGUUUUCCAGCGUACCUUCUCUGGUGUGGGUCUGCGGUCCGUGGUCCUUUCAGACCUGUAUCCUGAUGAGGAGUACGAGGUUCAAGUCCGCUGUGGUGCUCAGCAGAAUUUCUGGAAAUGGGGAGACUGGAGCAAACAAUCUCAUUUCCAAACUCUCAUCGAUGGUAAGGCAGCUAUGUGAAACCAACAAAAACUUCUUUUACCAACUGAGUACUAGUUUUGUUAACAGUUUAUUCAAAUUUCUUGGAUUAUUUUGUAUAAAAAACACAAAAAGUUUUGUGACAUGUCCGGCAUUUCAUUUAUUAAUUUGACUCUAUUUAAUUUGACUUUAUUUAUCUGCAUUAAUCAAUCCAAAACAUUAGGACCAGUAGCCACAUAUACCACACUUUUUGAGAUCACCAAUUGAUAGUCUAUUUUUCAUCACACUAGUCUGCUUUUUAAUGGUCUAUAGAAAUGCCAUCCAAUCUUGAUUAUGAAAUAUCAGCUUCGGCACCACUUCUCUUGUCUUUCCGCAGUACCAGAAGCUCCUGACGUGUGGAUGUGGAUGAACAAAGACGACACUGGGCAGAUCAUUUGGAAGGUAAUUUUUCUUUUAGGCUUUGCAGGAUUUAAUCAGCGUAUCAUCAUAUUGUUAUUAGUGAUUUGGAUUUUGUGUCUGUUGAAGAAAGUCAUAUAAGCAACUCCAGUAAAAUGCGUGUACAUUGCCGGUUAGGGUUAUUCUCUUCAGGUGUGUUUUGGCUUUUUACCUCCCACUUCCUUUAACGCUGUUUUCCAUUCUGACCAAAAGGCAUUUAACCCAUCAUGAUUACAUUUUACAAAAACAUAUCUCAGGCACUAAAGUAAGGGGGAUUUAGAAUUGACCGUCUUUCUCAACUCCACCUUCCCUUUUGUUUGAACCCUUCCAGCCUCUGACACAUCGCCAGAGCCACGGUCAGAUCACAGGUUAUGAAGUCACUCUCUGGACGUCUGAGGAUGAUGUACAGCACACAAAAACCUCCCCACCAGAUACAUCAGCUGUACCAAUCAACCUGACACAGAUUGCUGCCUUCAGCAACGACAACAAGGCCAUAGCAACUGUUAUUGCAAUGAACAGCAAAGGGGCAUCUCAGCCUGCAAGUGUGCUUAUACCUCUACAUUUGAUAGGUAAGAUUGAUGCGUUUGUUGAUUCUCAAUGGUGCAACUUUAAAUCUGUGUAACAUAGAUAUGUUUUGCCAUGCAUAUUCUUAGUACCAAGAGCUUUAAAACCAGAGGAGCAUUUAAAAGAGAAAAUGAACUCAUGCUGCUCUUAUCUCUUUUCCAGAUGCUGAUCGUCCUGCUGUCUCAAAGGCAGUUUAUACAGACAGAGGUUUCCCUCUGUCCUGGCAGAAUGAUCCCAAUGCCACCUGUGGUUACGUCGUAGAAUGGACCGAUGCCUCCUGUGUAAAGAACUGCCCUGUUGAGUGGACCAAAAUGUCCGCUGGAAACACUAAUGUCUCCAUUGAGUCAGGUAAACAUGCCCUAAUCCCACUUUGCAUGUGUUCAGCCUGAAUGCCUAACUAUAGUCAAAUAAGACUAAAAACAUCACUGUGUUUGUUUGUGAACUCAAAAAGUAAUCUGGACUUUUACCUUUGGAAAUACUCAGACAGAAUGUGAAUCUCAAGGAUCUACUAAUGUUACAAGAACGUCAAAUUUGAUUUAGAUUAGAUUUUCCUUUAUUUAUCCCUCAGUGGGGAAAUUCUAAUUAUCAGCAGCAGUACACAAAAACAUUCACAUUCACACCGAGUACAAAAAACUAAUAAAUAAGAUAAAAGAUAAAAGAACUAGUGUAAAAAGAAUAGAGCAGUGCAAGGGAAGAACUGUAUUAAAGACAAGUAUAAAAAGAGAAAAAGAUCAGCGCAAACAAAACAGGUAUGGAUGUGAUGAUGAUGAUGAUGAUGAUGAUAUUGCACAUGAUUAAUAAAUAAAUAACUCCGGGUGUAUGGAGAAAUAUUGCACUUUUAUUGUUGUUGAUUUGAAUUUAAAUUUGAAACAUGUUCUGAUAAUGUAUAAUAAUCUCUUUCUCUUCCAUCAGCCACCUUCAAGCCAGGUGUGAGGUACAACUUCUCCCUUUACAGCUGCUCCUCCGAGGCCCCAAAGCUGCUGCAGUGCUGGCAUGGAUACAUGCAGGAGCUGGGUAAGGACAGCACCGCACAUUGAAAAAACGUACUCGCUCAGAAAUCACACACUGCAUUUAAAUGACUGACUUUUUUGUUCUUGUCCCUCCAACUCCACUCUUCUCAUUUCCUGCCUCCUACCCUUGCGACUCCCACAGUCCCGUCCAGUUCUGUCUCCCUGUCAACCAGCCAGCAAGACUCGAAUGUUCUCCUCACCUGGGGAGAGAUCCCAGUGGUCAACAGAAGAGGCUUCCUCCUGGGAUACAACAUUUACAUCAGCAAUGAUUCCCAGCUCAUACUUCUCGGUCAGUGUGCCCAGAGGAUAUCACUGUAACAGAACAGUCAAAUACUCCGCAUGUCAUAGCAUCUGUUUUCAAUGUUGUAGAAGAUGUUUUUGGACCCUCUUUGGAAACCCCCUUCACUUAUCCUCUCAUCGCUUCUUUCUCUGACUCUCUCUUUUUCUAACUCUUGACUUUAAUUUUUGUAAUUUUCCUGUUUUGCUUCUCUUUCUUUCUUUUUGAACAGCCAACCUGUCGGAUGUAGAAAGAAGGAGCUACACAGUAAAAGGUCUCUCUGAAGGCUCCUACAAAUUUACUGUGAAGGCGUACACCUCAGCAGGAGAGGACACUGGAGCUACUGCCUCCAUAACUAUGGAGUCAUGUAUGUCAAAUAAUUAUGUUCAUGCAUAUGUGCAACAAAAUUUGAAAAUAUCAUUUUUCAAACUUUUUCUGAUUUGAAAGAAGGAAAAAUUUUCAUCUUGCUCCGUUUGAAAUACUUUCAACAUUUUUAUUUAUUGUCUCGUCCUGACAGCCGAUUGGCUAAUUCUGGAAAUCUUGGCUUCUUUGGGAGGUACGGCCUUGCUCCUGGUCAUUGUCACCUUCAUUUGCUACAAGAAAAGGAAAUGGUGAGGUUUUUAUUCUCCUUUAUGGUCCCUCCCACACUAGUGAUGACUUAACAGCCUGUUCAGUAUAUUGUCAGAGAGAGGAGCUAUAAUAAAGGAUCACUUUUUUUGUUUAAAGGGUGAAAAAGGCCUUCUACCCAGACAUACCUGAGCCCAAGCUGCCUGGUGAUUGGUCCAGGACUCGGGUACAGUAAACUUUCCUUCUCAGAACAACAUAUUGAACUUUCAAUUUACCAUCCCCUUUCUUUCAUUCUUUGAUAAUCUCUUGUAAAGAGUUUAACCACUCUGUGUCUGUUACAGGGGCCGCUUGAUGUGAAGCCAUUGCCUCACAGCAUGGUCCAUAUAGUAGAAAAGCCCGACUGGGAUUCCAGUAAAGAGGCUCUAGUCGUCAUUCCUGAAGAAGACGAGGAUGAAGAAGGGCAGGGAAUAGGAGACGAGCCAGUCGAUACGGAUGAGCCGACAUCUUUGCGCUACUACAACCAUGUGGUAGACGAGCGUCCCAUAAGACCACGUUUCCCCGACUCCUCUGCAUCUUCUGCAUCGUCUUUGGAUUCAGCGCGCACAGAUGUAACCUACACAGGGAUUCAGACCUCAGGGUCUUCUUUGGUCUUCCAGCUGGAUCCUCAGGGCUCCUCUGAGACCCAGCAACCCCAUGCUGAUUUUUCUGCCAGCUGUGGAGGUGGAGGAGGGGGCUACCGACCCCAGAUACAAUCUAGAGUACAAAAUAAUGUCUUUGACUCAGCUUCACCUGAGCCGUUCCUGGAGCCUCAGGCUGCCAGCUCUGGGGGCUACAAACCCCAGUGCUCCUGGCAUUUGGACUCCCCUGAGGAGGCAGGGGAAAGUGGCGGGCUGGCGCCUUCUCUGGGAUCUCCCACCUCAGUUGCUUCCACUCAGUUCCUCCUCCCUGAUGGAGAGGAACAAACAGAAGAGAAACGGCAGUUAUCCUCAUCAGCAGCAACCUGGUUCACUAACCUGCUGUCAUCCACAAAACCAUGAUAUCAUCGCUCUCAUUCUAGCAGCCAGGCCAGGGAGGCUGGUUCAUAAAACAGAUACAUUUCUGUCACUCUGGUUAUGCAUAGCACCUAUGAGCUAGUUAGAUACCCUCACUGAUGUAGCACUGCAUUCAUACAGUUGCGCAUUGGGGUUAAAUAUGCUAUUCUAUUUGUUUACUGGAACACACAUGUAGCUAUUUUACUUCCUUGUGCAAACUCCACAAAUAUCAGAUUCUGUAUAUUUAUAUGUCAAAUCAUUUCUAAUCUGACAACAAAUCCCUUCAUAUCUCCACUAUACACAGUACAUUUCACCUCCCUGGCACCCUGUGGCUGUUAUGCCCCCACUGCCUUUUAUGUGACUCCCUAUCAUGGGCAUUUAGCAAUUGCAUAUCCUGUGUUACUGAUGAGGUUAUUCAGUUUUUAGCUUGCAGUACAAAUAUGUUUAAUUUUUGUGAUGUGAAUUUAAUACUACACUACAAGAAGAAAACUGAGCGCAAGAAAUGACCGUACACUCUAGGAAAAGGACGUUUGUGGAAAAACGCUGAAGAAGAACAGUUUGAUAGAAGGUGGCUGUGAAGAAAGGAGACUUCCACUUCCAGAUGUGUAUUCUGCUGGUCUGCCCUUGGGAUCACCUUGCAUGUUUGAUAAUGAUAGCUGAUGAGCUACUGAAAGGGGGAAAAAAGAGAAAGCUAUACAAAUAAUCAUGGUAUAUAAAACUGGGACCUUCAUGGAUCAAAACCAAGGUAGCUCAAAUCCUGACAGACAUCUAUUUUCCCAUAAAUUACUGUUUGAACAGAGGGUUUUAACUAACAGAUGCACUUGUGAAUGAGAAAAGUCUUUAUGUUACUCAGAUACACGAGUGGUGCUCACUGUUAGGGUCUGGAAUCAUGUGGGUGAUGAGCCCAGUAGAUAAACACUGAUAUAAGCUAGAUCAUGAUUACAAACUGAUGUAAUUUAAUGAACGAACACACGAAGAUGUUACUUUUAAAUGUUAUGUGUUUGUGUUUUAUGUCUUUCUUAGUUUGUAUUUGUCUUGUUAAGAGUUUCACAUUCAGGCCAGUGUCCUUUUUAAUGUUACACGACAAGCUUUAUCCUCAAGCUGAUGCAUCGACCAGAUUAUGGCAACCGACUUGGGUAAUAACGUUGUUUCAUUCCCUUGUCUAUGAAACGUAAUGCUUCCAGAACUAAGCACCAUAUCACCUUUCACAACACUGCCUUGCUUUAAAGAGUUAUUAAAAUGAUAAUCUUACAGAAAUAUAGUUCAGAACCGGUUGCUAAACUGAUUUUACAGGGUGUAAAGUAGAUUAGGCUGGUUUUAAUGAGUUUUAGUGCAUGGUGAAACUUUCAAACUUGGCUGGAAUAAUAUUUGCCUCAAUGUUACCCUCAGCCCUCAUUGUUGAGUUGUGUGGAUGUGAAGAAUUUUUAUUUUGGAUGUCUGAUUUUGCAUCCCAGAGAUGUUGAAUAUGCAUAUAAUGUUUGCUGUGCUCAAAGUAGUGAUCAUUUUUAGGGAGAUUUAAAUCUGCAAUAAAUUAAUUUUUUUUUAAUUUUUUAAAAGAAAACCCAUUCAUCCUUUUAUUUCGUAUUUCCCUGACCUCGUUUAAAUCUUUUAAAGUUGGAAAAGGAGAACAAGAAAGAGGAUACUUGGAGUAAUGUUUGGAGAUUUCCAUCAAUGCCAUCAUGUACAAAAACAUCGGGGAGUUAACUUGUAAAUAAUCAUUGGGUUGACAGCACUUUGGCAAGUUAAUAAUGGUGUCAAACACAGGCCACUAAAUGCCCAAGUACACUUCAUUUGCUCCUUACUCAUGUGUACAGUGAGGGCGUUGAAGAUGAACCAUGGGCGAGGCUUUUCACAAGCAUUGUUGUGCAAAUAUUGUUUUUUGGCAUUUGAAUUCGAAGAUCUAGGUUUUUAGGGAAUGUUUCCUCUCCAGGACCUUUUUUGUUGUUGUUGUUGUUGUUGUUUCUCAGUGCCUCCAGCUGACAAGCUUUAAGUAAAACUACUGUGACAUGGAUGAUGACUUAGAUCUUUGAUAGAAAGAGAUGGCUUUAAUGAUAGAGAGAUUACAAGCAGGCAGUCCUUUUUGACUACUGAAAAAAAUGUAAACCCUCUUUUUCUUUGUCCUUAAACACUGAUAUGCAGUUUAGCUUGAGUAAUGGGAUAAAUGUCAAAAGCUACACUUUUACCAGUCAAAUUGAUUAAUUGUUUGAGUGACAGCUAAGGGGCCAUGGUGAAGAGUUUUCUUUAACCAUGGUUACACGAUUGUUUCCUUCAAAGCCUGUUGUCUCAAACAAGCCAGGCUUUGGAAACCAACAAAUGAACGCUAUGUGUUACAUGCUUUUAUGUUGAUUUGGAUCAACACAAUUGCACCUUUUUAAUAUUUCCUCUAAAUCUUUGUUUUUAUGCAACUAACUGUAUAUAAUUGUGUAAAGUGUUGUGUUUCUUUCUUACAAUACAGUACAAAAUGUUUUGCUGUUUUACAUGGAGAAUUGUAUUCUCCGUACUACACAGGUAGUUUAUGUUGACUAACCACAUUAUUUGGGCAAAUUAAGAUAAAUGUGUAUGCUGAUAAAAACCAGAUAUAUGAAGCCCUAUGACAUGUUAAGGAAUCACACUCUCAAUGUAUAUUUUUAAUGUGCUUUAACACAUGGAAACCUCUUAAAGAGCGUCUGAAAAUUCAUCUAAGCUAGAUUAGAAUUGUGAUUCUGUCUUUUUAUGAUAGUUAAGGCUGCUUUGCAUUCCUAUCUUAUCACAAGAAUGUCGCUAUGCCAGAGAUAUUUUAAGUAAAGCCAGAGAACAUACCAAGCAGAAAGCCAUGGCAACAGCUGACCUUCAAUUUUCCACCACAAUCCAUGACUUUUAUUCCCCGCUUCAUUCACACUGUUAAUUGGAACCGAUGUUUACUGUGUAGGACAUUGGGAGUUUGUGGUUUAUACGGCAGGGUACACUUGCUGCCUUACACAUCUUCAUCUCUGGCUCUAGAUGUAUUUGCAAAUUCAAUGCAUGCUGUAUAAACUAUAAUAUCACAAAACAGUGGCUUGUAAAUUCUUUAAACUCCAUGUUUAUGUUACCCUGUGGCUCUGAAACACUAACAUACUGACUAAUGUUGUGCAUGACAACAUGACUGAAGUAUUGUGCCCCUUGAAAAGGCUUUGAUUUCUGAAAAUGCUUUAAGUUUUAUGAGAUUUUACAGAAUGUUUUACUAAUGAGUAAAAGGUAGGGAAGUGCUUCAGAGUGAAUAAAUAAAUGUUAACACUAAUAAAACUGAAAUGCUACUUGAUUACAUGCAAUAAAGUUAUUUGUCUGGCCACUCUAUAUUUG